GAUCUAGGUUGUAGAUAAAAAGGACAGCUACCAUCCUUGUACAGCCCCCAUCUUCUUUCAUUUUCCUUGACCUUUUAUACCAUGUCUGUCAACGUUCCUGGCUUCAAAUCUGGCCCUGUCUUUGAGCAAAUCAGGGCGGGCAUCGAGGGACUCCCCGAGGCAGAAAAGAAAAAGACACUCAAGCAGGUUAACGGUGUCUUUGAACUCGUGGUCAAGAACGCCGAGGGCAAGGAACAAAGCUGGACUUUGGAGCUCAAGAACCAAGGCAAGGUCACUGCUGGAAAAGCAGAAGGCAAACCCGAUAUUGUUAUCAAUGUCAGCGACGACACCUUCCAAGACCUUGCCAGUGGGAAAUUGAACGGCCAAAAGGCGUUCAUGUCUGGCAAGUUGAAGGUCAAGGGGAACAUGAUGCUUGCCACCCGACUAGACACUGUCUUGAAGGCUGCAAAGAACGCACCCAAGCCCGCAGCAGCUGCUGCUGCCCCUGCUACCGCCGCCCCUCCCGCCGCUGGUGUGGAGGUUCCUGGCUUCCAGUCGUCGGCCAUCUUCUCCCAAAUCAAGGCCGGCAUUGACGCUGCUCCUCAACAACAACGGGAGGCUGUUGCCAAAAAGGCCAAGGCUGUCUUCCAGUUUGAUGUCAAGAACUCUGAGGGUAAGGUCCAGACCUGGACUCUCAACUUGAAGGACAACCUCGGUGUGGCUACUGGCACUACCGGCGCCAAGCCAGACAUUACCAUUUCCAUUGCUGACAAGGACUUUGUUGACUUGUCGCAAGGAAAGUUGAAUGGGCAAAAGGCGUUCAUGCAAGGCAAGCUCAAGAUCAAGGGCAACAUGAUGCUUGCUACCAAACUCGAUGCCGUCAUGAAGGAUUUCCGUCCGCAGGCAAAAUUGUAGAGUCUUUAUACAUAAUACAUGAAGCAUUUUAUAAUCUACGCUGGAUCAGUCUUUUGUGUAGUCGUAUCCAAAGCAAAUGGAUGCCUUGGACUACAGGCACGUCAUAUUUG